GGCUAGCUGGCUAGUUGGCUAGCUAGCUAGUUGGCUAGUUGGCUAGCUGGUGUAAAUAAUACUUUGAUAACCAUACAUAUGCUUGAAGGCCGUGGCAGGCCUCUAUUGAUGGCAUUGAUAACUCUAUGUGGGACUCCUGGAUGGAUGCUUUUGGCAAAUACAAGACUCUCGUUUCCUCUGUUUUAAUUUCUAUUUCUGUUUUUGCGGCUAUUCUGGUUUUGUGUGGGUGCUGCUGCAUUCCAUGUAUUCGCUCGCUUACCAAUAAAGUGAUAACUAAGGCUAUUGAUCCUAGCGCCCCGGCUCAGAUGUAUCCUCUCUUGGGCCCGGAGGAUGUGUACGAUGACUUAGAGAUGUGCGAAAUCGACUGAUUAGUCACGUCUCUGCUGAGACGAGAAGAGAGGGAUUACUUAAACUUUUCUCUGAAAAGUUUCUUCCUAUCAGUUGGUCACGUCUGUAAGACGUGAAGAGAGGGAUUUGUAAAUAAUACUUUGAUAACCAUACAUAUGCUUGAAGGCCGUGGCAGGCCUCUAUAUCUAAUGCUUCAGCCCUCAGUAACGAAGGGCAUAAACAAACGGAGAUUACUAAUGUGUUUGCUAUAAUGUUGCUGUAAGCUGUUUUGGGUGCGCCUCUGCAAAUGUUUCCACACAUAGUCACGAAAACAGGAAGAGGGCCAAACCACAAGACUGGAGAAGUUGCAUCUCGUGAGGACAUAUCUGCUGAUGACAGGAACACACACACACAUACACACACACCCCACCCAGAUACAUUCACAUUUAGAACCACACACCCAGCAUUUAGCCUCAAGGGAUCGUGGGCGUAUCUGCUUUUUGACACAUGUAAGCUAGUUGAGCAACGCAAAACAGACAUUAAACAGGAACAUUCUGAGACAAUGGCAACAACAACCUUGGACCAAUAAGGAGAGACAACGCCCGGGUCUGGACCAAUCCGAGGACCAGACCUUCCAGAAUCAACCUACUUUCUGUACUGUAUAAAACAUGUAUGCUGUCUAAAUUAGGGGCUCUCUUUUUCUGACUCCCUCUGAGUUCAAGGAACAGAGCCCGUAUACGCUGUACACAAUACUUUUACUCUGAAUAAACUGCAGAUUGUUAAACUUUAACUCCUCGUCUGAACUGAUCCUUGACCGACUCGCUCACCUAAGCAUCUCACCUUUUACCAACACUGGCUAGCUGGCUAGUUGGCUAGCUGGCUAGCUAACUGGAUAUAACAGGAAACACCUAUCCCACCCCUCUCCUCCCUCUCCCUCCGACCCUCCUCCCCCUUCACCCUCCCGGGGGCCCCAGGUCGUGCCUCUCCCGGUAGCGCCUCACUGCAGGGUAUGAUGAGGUUGUCUGUGUUGUUGGUGGACUGCAGGAAAACAACAGGGCUGAGGGACAGCCGUAACCGUCGCUCUCUCAGUAGAAGAGUCAUAUCUGGGGAGGCUAACGAACAUGAUGCUGACGAGGCAGAGAACAGUCUCUCCAGAUCAGAACACCUCAAACACCAGCAGAGAGUGGCAGGGAAGAAACCUCACCGCUGCUCUGACUGUGGAAAGAGUUUCACCUCUUCGUCAAAACUUAAAACACACCAGAGAAUUCAUACUGGAGAGAAACCGUUUCACUGCACAGACUGUGGGAAGAGUUUUGUUCAAUUAGGCAACCUGAAAAUUCAUCUGCGGACACACACACAAGAGAAGCCUUACCACUGCUCUGUCUGUGAGAAGAGCUUUUCAACAUCACAUGGCAAUAAACUGCACCAGAGAACGCACACCGGAGAGAAGCCUUACCACUGCUCUGACUGUGGGAAGAGUUUUUCUCAUUCAAGAAAUCUGAUAAAGCACCAGCGCAUACACACAGGAGAGAAACCUUACAGCUGUGAUCAAUGUGGGAAGAGAUUUACUAGCUCAAAUGACAUGAUAGUACACAAUAGAAUACACACUGGAGAGAAACCAUACCACUGUUUGGACUGCGGGAAGAGUUUUACUCAGGCAAGCAACCUGAAAACACACCAGCGCAGACAUCUGGGCCAGAAGCUUCACCACUGUUCAGAUUGUGGAAGUAACUUUUCAACAUCAAGGGGUUUAGAGCUGCACCAGCGAACACACACAGGUGUGAAGCCUUACUACUGCUUCAGCUGUAGUAAAAGUUUUGCUAGAUUAGACGGACUGACAGUGCACCAGCGAACACACACAGGUGAGAAGCCUUUUAGCUGUGAUCAGUGUGGAAAGGGAUUUACUCAGGCAGCACACUUGACUGUACACCAGAGAAUACACACUGGAGAGAAACCAUACCACUGCUCAGACUGUGGAAUGAGCUUUAUUAAUUCAAGUCACCUUAAGGUACAUCAGAGAGUACACACAGGAGAGAAGCCUUAUAACUGUGAUGUAUGUGGAAAAAGUUUUGUUACAUCAGGAAGUCUGGCUUCACACCUUCGAACCCACACAGGAGACAAGCCUUACCAUUGUACCGACUGUGGGACAAGCUUUGGCAAGUCAGGCCAUUUAAAAGUGCACCAGAGAACACACACAGGAGAGAAGCCUUACCAUUGUGCCGACUGUGGGAAAAGCUUUUCUGUGUCAGGCGGUUUAAAGUCACACCAGAGAACACACACAGGAGAGAAGCCUUACCACUGUUCUGACUGCGGAAUGGACUUAACCACUUCAGCUGGACUUAAAAUACACCGGAGAACACACACAGGAGAAAAACCAUUCCACUGCUCUGACUGUGGGAAAAGAUUUAAUCAGUCUGGGCAGUUGGUUUUACACCAGCGAAUACACACUGGCGAAAAGCCUUACCACUGCUCAGACUGUGGGCUGAGUUGUACUUCUUCAGGGGAUUUAAAAGUACACCUGCGAACACACACUGGAGAGAAGCCUUUUGGCUGUGAUCAGUGUGGGAAGAGGUUCGCUAAGUCAGGAAGCCUGGCUGGACACAAGAGAACACACACUGGAGAGAAGCCUUUUGGCUGUGAUCAGUGUGGCAAGAGGUUCAGUCAGUCAGGAAGCCUGGCUGGACACAAGAGGAAACACCACACUGGAGAGAGGCCAGACUCUCGCUCUGACACUAGGAAGAGUCCUACAGGGGAAUCGGCCCCAGAGACGUCCAAACCAGCAAGACCCCACCACUGCUCCCAGUGUGGAAAGAGAUUUAUCCGGUUAGGGCACCUGAAACAACAUAAGAGAACACACACAGGGGAGAAGCCUUAUCACUGCUCCCUGUGUGGAAAGGGUUUUGGACACUUGGGGUAUCUAAAAGUGCAUGAAAGAACACAUUCUGUAGAGAGGCCUUUUCAAUGCUCACAGUGUGAGAAGAGAUUUUUCUCAUCAGGGGACCUGAAAUCACAUGAGAAAACACACUUAGUAGUAGAGAGGCCUUUCCAAUGCUCUCGGUGUGGAAAGGGAUUUAUCCAGUCAUCGCAUCUGAAAGACCAUGAAAGAAUACACACAGGAGAGAAGCCAUUCCAAUGCUCCCAGUGUGGAAAGAGUUUUACCCAAAGGGGGAAGCUGAAAGAUCAUGAAAGAACACAUACAGGGGAGAAGCCUCAUCACUGCUCUCAGUGUGGAAAGGGUUUUGGACAGUCAGGGCAUUUAAAAGUGCAUGAAAGAACACACACUGGAGAGAAGCCAUAUCAAUGCUCCCAGUGUGAAAAUAAAUUUUUCUCAUCAGGGGACCUGAAAUCACAUGAGAGAACACACUUAGUAGAGAGGCCUUUCCAAUGCUCUCAGUGUGGAAAGGGAUAUAUUCACUCAUGGCAUCUGAAAGAGCAUAUGAGAAUACACACGAGAACAACCAUUCCAGUGCUCUGUAUGGAAAGGGGUUUAACUGGGUAGUGAGCCUGAAAACGCAUAAAAUGACACACACAGGAGAGAAGCCUUUCCACUGCUCCCAGUGUGGAAAAAGUUUGACCCAUUUAGGGAAUCUAAAAACACACGAGAGGACACACACAUGAGUGUAGCCUCACCUUUGCUCCCAGUGUAGAAAGGGUUUUCUUCAGUUAAGGGGCCUGAAAGAAAAUGAGAGACACACGUGGGUAGAAGACACGAAUGAAGCCCUGCUCCAUUGAUUUCAAAACCAGUGUUUACAUUACCUAGAUAUGAAAAAACAACCAGUUGAAUAAUGGAAUGUAUUUACAAAUUCUUCAACUACAUAUCAUAUUAAGAAUUUGAAAGACAGUAUAAUAAAUACUAGAAUUAUUUGGAUGUAUUUAAAAUAGUUGUGAAUGUACUUAGUAGUUUAAAAACAGUAACAAACAACUUCACAUGGUCUUAUUUCACUGUUUAAUCACAAUAUAAAGCCCUCAACUCUACAACAAACAACUUCACAUGGUCUUAUUUCACUGUUUAAUCACAAUAUAAAGCCCUCAACUCUACAACAAACAACUUCACAUGUCCAGGUCUUAUUUCACUGUUUAAUCACAAUAUAAAGCCCUCAACUCUACAACAAACAACUUCACAUGUCCAGGUCUUAUUUCACUGUUUAAUCACAAUAUAAAGCCCUCAACUCUACAACAAACAACUUCACAUGUCCAGGUCUUAUUUCACUGUUUAAUCACAAUAUAAAGCCCUCAACUCUACAACAAACAACUUCACAUGUCCAGGUCUUAUUUCACUGUUUAAUCACAAUAUAAAGCCCUCAACUCUACAACAAACAACUUCACAUGUCCAGGUCUUAUUUCACUGUUUAAUCACAAUAUAAAGCCCUCAACUCUACAACAAACAACUUCACAUGUCCAGGUCUUAUUUCACUGUUUAAUCACAAUAUAAAGCCCGCAACUCUACAACAAACAACUUCACAUGUCCAGGUCUUAUUUCACUGUUUAAUCACAAUAUAAAGCCCUCAACUCUACAACAAACAACUUCACAUGUCCAGGUCUUAUUUCACUGUUUAAUCACAAUAUAAAGCCCGCAACUCUACAACAAACAACUUCACAUGUCCAGGUCUUAUUUCACUGUUUAAUCACAAUAUAAAGCCCUCAACUCUACAACAAACACCUUCACAUGUCCAGGUCUUAUUUCACUGUUUAAUCACAAUAUAAAGCCCUCAACUCUACAACAAACAACUUCACAUGUCCAGGUCUUAUUUCACUGUUUAAUCACAAUAUAAAGCCCUCAACUCCCAUCUGGUGUGGCUUCUUCUGCUCAUCUGCUUCUUUCAGAUUUUUGACAAGCUUUCCAUUGUACCUGGCAGAGCAAUUGGUGAGAUGUUUAAUCAGUUCUCUUAUUUUUUUAUUUUACCUUUAUUUAACUAGGCAAGUCAGUUAAAGAACAAAUUCACUGUACCUGAUUUGUACCUUGUCAGCUCGAGGGUUUGAAUGUGCAAGCUUCCAGGUUACUAGUCCAACGCUCUAACCACUAGGCUACCCUGCCGCCCCACCCCUCUGAUGUAUGGAAUGAUGUAGCUGUGCUGUGAUGAUUUCGAAUCCUUGCACGCAAUCUGUGGCAAGCAUGUAGGAGCAGUAUAGACCUAGUCUGUUCAUUAUAUACAUCUACAUCAUGUAUUGUUACA